UGGCGCUGUCAGUGCGGCACCAUGGAGACCAGCCUACUUUUAAAGUAGAAGAAAAGGCUGCCAUAUUGCAGUGAUACAGCGAGUUUACCUGAGAGCAGCUUCUGUCCAGACGACUUUAUUUUUCAAACAUGCUUUCAUCCCAGACUUUUGGAGAUCCCGGGAAGAUGAAAGAGUAUCAUUAUACUGGUCCUGUACAGCACAGGUUUUCACCAUACGCUUUCAACGGAGGAACUGUUCUAGCUGUCGCGGGGGAAGAUUUUGCUAUUGUGGCCUCAGAUACCAGGCUGAGUGAGGGAUACUCAAUUCAUAGCCGGGAUUCUCCGAAAUGCUACAAGCUUACAGACAACACUGUCAUUGGCUGCAGUGGUUUCCAUGGUGAUUGCCUGACUUUGACAAAAAUCAUUGAUGCCAGACUAAAGAUGUACAAGCACUCAAACAACAAGACAAUGACCAGCGGAGCCAUUGCAGCCAUGCUUUCCACCAUCCUGUAUGGCCGGAGGUUCUUCCCAUACUAUGUGUACAACAUCAUCGGGGGGCUGGACGAGGAGGGCAAAGGAGCCGUGUACAGCUUUGACCCCGUGGGAUCCUACCAGAGAGACACCUACAAGGCCGGAGGAUCGGCCAGCGCCAUGCUGCAGCCAUUGCUGGACAACCAGAUUGGUUUUAAGAACAUGGAGGGUGUGCAGCACGUUCCCCUGACUCAGGAAAAGGCCGUCCAGCUGGUCAAAGAUGUGUUCAUCUCCGCCGCAGAGAGAGACGUGUACACGGGAGAUGCUCUUCAGAUCUGUGUCAUCACUAAAGAGGGCAUUAGCGAGCAGACUAUACCGCUGAGGAAAGACUGAGGAGAAAAGACGAUCUCUCCAUCUGCCACUAGUUUCCUCUUUGCUGUCUGUUCCAUUUUCGCUCUGCUGAUUUGACCCCUUUACAUCAGGCUUACAAACACAGGAGUGUUGAUCCAGAGGUUAUUGCUUUCUUAUUUCCCUUGUCAGCACAUCCUUGUGUUGUUCAACAACCUCGAUCCAAGAUCAGCGCUCCUGUUCUAAGAAGCCAGUUCUUUACAAACCCCUCUGUUGGGAGUUUUCAUUUUGUUUUGGAGGAAGAAAUGCUCUGUUAUUCUUUUUACAUUCUUAAUAAAUGUUAAGAAUUCAAUAA